AUGGCGGCCUCUGCGACGACCGCGCUUGCUCCCCGCGCGCUCGACUUUCUGGACUUGACGGAGCUGGAGAACGCGACGAUGAUAUUCGUCCUCGAGCCGGUGCCGGUGAAUGGCAGGAACCUGGGUCGUGUCGCGCGCAACGAGGUGCUGAACCUGAUCGAUGAGGUUGACCGCGAGGUCCUGCGUACGACUCCUGCGACUGCGACUCCGGCCGAGCUGAAGUACAGUAUGGGUACGAAGAAGUUUGAGGUGUUGGUGAAGUUGAAAGAAGCGGCGGAAGAGGCGGAGAAGAAGAUUGUGGAGUUGGAAGGAAAGUGCGGGGAUGAUGGAGAGAAGAAGAAAGAGCUUCGUGCUGCGAAGGAGAAGGUCUUGGAGUGUAUGACUGAGGUCGAGAAGGCGGUGAAGAAGGUGGGUGCGAUGGUUGUGCUGCGGAAGAGCGAGCGUGUGAUGGCGGAGAGCGUGGGAGAUCCGGAUAUCUUGUGGCGUGAGCAGUCGGAGUUCCGCGAGAUGGGCAUGGAUGGAAUUCUUGCCUGGGUCGAUUUUGAAGUGUCGGAGAUGGCUCGUCGAGUCUUCGCCUGA